GAUAUAUGCCAACGUCAUUUUGAACAGGCGCUUCGGGGACAGCUACUAGCAGCCAGGGGUCCUUCCAUCGUCAACACCGGAACUGCACGUGAACAGGGUCAGAGGUCAGCAUGGGUCGCUCCUCCAAAGACAAGCGGGACAUUUACUACCGUCUGGCCAAAGAGGAGGGCUGGAGAGCGAGGAGCGCCUUCAAGCUGCUGCAGCUCGACCACGAGUUCAACCUGUUCACAGGUGUGAACCGAGCAGUUGAUCUGUGUGCAGCUCCUGGCAGCUGGAGUCAGGUCCUCAGUCGGAAACUCAGAGGGCAGGAGGAGAAGGCUGAGACGGGGGAAGAGGUGAAGAUCGUGGCCGUGGACCUGCAGGCCAUGGCUCCUCUGCCCGGAGUCACUCAGAUCCAGGGAGACAUCACCAAGGUGUCGACAGCUCAGGAGAUCAUCCGUCACUUUGAGGGUCAGCCGGCCGACCUGGUGGUGUGUGACGGCGCUCCAGACGUGACCGGGCUCCACGACGUGGACGAGUACAUCCAGGCUCAGCUCCUAUUGGCCGCGCUGAACAUCACAACUCACGUCCUGAAACCCGGAGGGACGUUUGUGGCCAAGAUCUUCAGAGGUAAAGAUGUGACUCUGCUGUACUCCCAGCUGAAGAUCUUCUUCAGCGGUGUGACCUGCGCCAAGCCUCGCAGCAGCAGGAACUCUAGCAUUGAGGCCUUUGUGGUGUGUCAGAAUUACUCUCCUCCUGAAGGUUACGUCCCCAACAUGUCCAACCCUCUGCUGGAUCAUUCCUACGAUGUGGACUUCAACCAGUUAGAGGGUCCGAACCGCGUCAUCGUUCCCUUCCUGGCGUGCGGUGACCUCAGCGCCUUCGACUCAGACAGGACCUACCCUCUGCAGCUGGAUGCUGGUAAACAGUACCAGUACACGCCCCCCACCCAGCUGCCCAUACGCCCCCCCUACCAGCAGGCUUGCCACCUCCGCAAAAACAACCUGCUUUCCAAAGAAGACGCUCUGUCCAACCGUCCCAACCAGAGCCAAGACGAGACGGAUCCACCGGCCGAGUCCACCUGAUUCGUCUGACAGCUGCGGAUUGGUGGGAAAAAGAAACCGAGUUAUCAUUAAAGCAACACCAAAUCACUUUUCCUCUUCGGUCACCCUACAGGUUGGAAGCAGAAUUGUCCAUUGUAGUUUCUCAUGUCUCAUCCGAACUACAGAUCCGCUACCCGAUCUGGCAAACUUGCAUAGUGCGGUUAUAGCCGAUAGAGGGCCGAUAAGUGAAUGCAGACGUGCCGUUCACCCUGUUACGAGUUGAUGAACCACUGGAACGAUUUUGGAAACAUUAUUUUAAGGUACAAAAUAAUUUUUGGUGUUGCUUUAAAAGGGACAGUCUGGCAUUUUGGAAAAAGUCAAUUCUUUUCUGUCUGAUAAGAAGAUGGAUACCAGUUUCAUUUCUGAACAGUGCUAGGUUCAGAGCAUGUUUAGCUUAGCUAGCUUAGCACAAAGACUGGAGGCAGGACGAAACUACAUGUAGACGUAGAAUAGUUUCCUCCUGCCUCCAGUCAUUGUGCUAAGCUAGGCUAAACAUGUGCUGACUGAUUGCUGUACUGGAUGUUUUUCCAAUCAAAGGAUACGUUUUUACUGUUUUGUCUGAUUUUAUGUGGAGUCUUUUGUGACUGAUCCUCCACUGAGGAAUUGUAAACCUUUUUUAAAAAUAAAAAUAAAGUCAUUUCUUGGAGGCAAACCAA